GAUCGACAGACACGGACAGCCUCUGACCCUCUGGAGUUGGUAUGUGAUAAGCAGCCCUAGCAGUGCCAUGUAUUGGAAGAGCGAUCAGAUGUUUGUGUGUAAACUAGAAGAAAAAGACGUGCCGGAGCUGGCAGUUCCCCCUGAGAAGUGCCAGGAGCUCAUGUCGGAGGAGUGCGGGCAGGCUACAGCCCUGGCGGCCGGGAGAACUCGGAAAGGCGCCGGGGAAGAGGGACUGGUGAGCCCCGAGGGAGCGGGGGACGAGGACUCUUGCUCCUCCUCGGCCCAACUGUCCCCGUCGUCCUCGCCCCGGUCCAUGGCCUCGGGCUCCGGCUGCCCCCCUGGCAAGUGUGUGUGCAACAGUUGCGGCCUGGAGAUCGUGGACAAAUACCUUCUCAAGGUGAAUGACCUAUGCUGGCAUGUCCGGUGUCUCUCCUGCAGUGUUUGCAGAACCUCCCUAGGAAGGCACACCAGCUGCUAUAUUAAAGACAAAGACAUUUUCUGCAAACUUGAUUAUUUCAGAAGGUAUGGAACUCGCUGCUCUCGAUGUGGGAGACACAUCCACUCUACUGAUUGGGUCCGGAGAGCCAAGGGGAAUGUCUAUCACUUGGCAUGCUUCGCUUGCUUUUCCUGCAAAAGGCAACUUUCCACAGGAGAGGAGUUUGCUUUGGUGGAAGAGAAAGUCCUCUGCAGAGUGCAUUAUGAUUGCAUGCUGGAUAAUUUAAAAAGAGAAGUAGAAAAUGGUAAUGGGAUUAGUGUGGAAGGCGCCCUCCUCACAGAGCAAGAUGUUAACCAUCCAAAACCAGCAAAAAGAGCUCGGACCAGCUUUACAGCAGAUCAGCUUCAGGUAAGCGUGUGGUUUCAGAAUUGUAGAGCACGCCACAAGAAACAUGUCAGUCCUAAUCACUCCUCCUCUGCCCCAGUCACAGCAGUCCCACCCUCCAGGCUGUCUCCACCCAUGUUAGAAGAAAUGGCUUAUUCUGCCUACGUGCCCCAAGAUGGAACAAUGUUAACUGCGCUGCAUAGUUAUAUGGAUGCUCAUUCACCAACAACUCUUGGACUCCAGCCCUUGUUACCCCAUUCAAUGACACAACUGCCAAUAAGUCAUACCUAAUUCUUUUUUCAGGGAUAGAAUUGAUUAAGGAUAUGAAUUUGUCGUUUCUUAUGUAUAAAAUACCAUUGAAAAGAUAUUACUGUUAAUUUUUUAUUUAACACGUAAAGCAUUUCCAACAUCACUUUGCUGCCCAGGUAUGUAUCUGUAGUUGGCCUGCAAGACACUUUUAUUGAUUCUUCAUUUUUGUAAAACUUAUGUUUACAAGAAGAAAACAAAUCAAAACAUUUUUUGUAUUGUCUGGAAAUAGUUCACUCUAGUGUGUAUCUGUUAAUUUAUUUGCCAUCAAAAGAGCACUUUGCCUAAAAGAAAGGACUGACAAGUGUGCAAAAUGUUUACAAUCUUUUGUGAAAUUGUAGUUUAUCAUUAGUUUGUAUCUGUAAGUUAUUGUUAUAAAUAUUACCUGUAUUUUUUGUUAUAUACAACUUUAUACUUUAAAGCUUGUAUCUGUGAAUUUGCAACUGAAAUUUAUUUUGCCAAUGUUUUCUGAAUGAACUGAAUAAAGCUUCUGUUGUAGCAUGCCAUGCAAACACAUUAUUGUGUUUGUGGUUGAUGAAUUAUGGCUGUAAAUAACACUAUAGUUUAAUAAGCCCACCAUUCUGAGUUUAUUAAACAUUUUCCAUUCUUGUGAAAAUUUCAA